UAAUAAUGAAGAUUGGAUUUAUUGGCGCUGGAAAGAUGGCACAGGCAUUGGCCAGAGGACUAAUAAAUUCUGGACGUUAUCCUUCACAAAAUUUGAUGGCAAGUUGCCCUAAGAAGCUUGGGAUUAAUACAACACAUGAUAAUUCACAAGUUGCUCGUGAAAACGAUGUGGUAAUUUUGGCAGUUAAACCAACUAUCGUGUCUAAAGUUGCUUCGGGUAAUAAGUUAAAUAGUACUGUUUCACCACUAAUUUUAGAAAUUGCACCAGCCAUCCGCCGAGAUCAUUUACUUAUUUCUAUAGCGCUGGGCAUCACCAUACGCUACAUUGAGCAGUUAUUGCCUUCGAAAUCCCGAAUUGUUCGUGUAAUGCCAAAUACUCCUGUAGUUGUUGGAGCUGGUGCUUCAGCUUAUAGCAUGGGAUCAGCAUGUCAAGAUGGUGAUUCCCAAAUCGUUCAAGAUCUUCUAUCAACCGUUGGUUAUGCUGUUGAGCUUCCUGAAAUACACAUUGAUCCUGUUACAGGACUAAGUGGAAGUGGACCAUCUUAUGGAUUUGCUAUAAUUGAAGGGUUGUCUGAUGGCGGAGUUAAAUUGGGAUUACCAAGAGAUCUCUCAAUGAAAUUAGCAGCAAUGACUUUAUAUGGUGCUGCAAAAAUGUUUUUAGAGACCGGUGAACAUCCAGCAAUACUUAAAGAGGCUAUCCAAAGCCCUGGUGGGAGUACAAUUUUUGGCAUGUACGAAUUAGAAAAGGGUGGAUUGCGCGGUCUUUUAAUCAAUGCAGUCGAAGCUGGAGCCGAGCGUUCCCGACAUAUGGGCCAAACUUCUUUGCCACAUAGCCGAACAAAGAAAGCAAGAAAGGAAAUUGAAGAAGAAUUCAGUGAUGAUGAAGACGAUACUUCUUCGGAUUCGGACGAUGAAAGUAGUGAUGAUGAUGAAGAGGAUGAAUUAAAAAAUAACGAGAAUAAUGGGAAGAACAAGUCUUUGAAGAAAAGGAUAAAGAAAAAGGAUUUAGAAAAUAAUUAA